AUGCGACUGCGAGGAGGUAGAGGACGACCAGGUGGGGGUAAAGGACGUCCAGGUGGAGGUAGUGGAAAACCAAGUGCAGGUAGUGAAAGACCAGGAGGGGGCAGUGGACGACCAAGUGGAGGAAGUGGAAAACCACCAAGCACUGGUGGAGGACCCUCUGCAAGUUCAAGCAGCGGGGGCAAGUCAAAGUGGGAUAAAGCGGAGAUUGUGGCCGGUGGCGUGAACGCUGGUGCAAAUGCGGGAAAUUUGGGACUGAGAAUUUUAGAUAUUGCCAGUCAGGCAGUCAAUCAGCCAGAGGAAGAGGAAGAGGAACAGGACGAAGGAGCGGAAGAGGGAGAUGAAGAGGAAGCCGAAGAAUAA